UCCCCAAAUCCCCCCCGAGCACAACCGGACCAUCGCCCAUGGAACACCCGGUUCCAGCCCGGGGGGAGGGGACAGCGCGGGGGGGGGAGGGGACCCCCCCGAUGUCCCCACUGUCCCCAAUGGGGGGCGGCCCCUCCCCCCCCCGGGGGUGUCCCCCCCCCGCCGGCCCCCCCCGGGCAGCUCCGGACGGCCCCUCCCCCCCCCGGGCCCCGUCCCGGCCGUGUCGCGUCACAUCCCCACCGUCGGUGUCCCCGAGGUGUCCCCGAGGCCGCGGUGGCCGCGCCGGGCGCUGUCCCCAGCCGGGGUCACCCGCCGGGGCCACCAGGGAGAGGCGAUGGCGGCACCGCCGAUGGUGGCACCGAUGGUGGCACCCGCGGGGACAGGGACAGCGCCAGCCAGGUCGAUGCCACUCCCGCGGCCAUCGGCGUCCCCCGGCGCGAUGACGUCACCCAACGGGGGCGUGGCAUUGUCACCUGACCCGAUGACGUCACCCAACGGGGGCGUGGCCCCGCCGUUGUCACCGACGUCACCCCCGGGGCCACCGCGGCCGUGGGGACAGAGGGCGGCGCUGGAGGCCACGCCCAGGUGCCACCCCUCUCCAUUGUCCCCUGGCGGUGACACCAGCGAUGACGACGACGACGCCCCCCCCGCCUUGGGGACAGCGCCAUCGGUGGCACCGCGGGGACGCUGCUUGGGCUGCGCCCGCGCCGUGGUGGCACCGGGGGUGGCACUGUCCCCUCUGUCCCCUCUGGUGUCACCCGUGGUGUCACCCGUGGUGUCACCCGUGGUGUCCCCGUGUCCCCGCAUCCAGCAGCUGGACGGGGCUGACGAUGGCACGCGGGGGACAAUGGGGACAGUGGGGACAAUGGGGACAGUGGGGACAUUGGGGACAGUGGGGACAUUGGGGACAGUGCCACCACCGGUGCCACCCAACGCCGAGGGGCUGCCACCCGACAUCGUGGAGUUUGUGCUGCGCGGGGUCACCGGGGACACUGACGGGGACAUGGAUGUCACCAACGGGGACACCGAUGUCACCAAUGGGGACAUGGCCACCAGCAAUGGGGACAUGGCCACCAGCAAUGGGGACAUGGAUGUCACCAAUGGGGACAUGGAUGUCACCAACGGAGCCUGGCAGGGACAGCGGCUUGGGGACAUUGGUCAAGGCCACCACCUUGGGGACAUGGGUCAAGGCCACCACCUUGGGGACAUUGAUGGAAGCCACCAGCCUGGAGAUGUCACCAAGAGCCACCACCUUGGGGACAUUGGUCAAGGCCACCACCUUGGGGACAUCUCUCCAAGCCACCACCUUGGGGACAUCAGGCAGGGACAUCAACCUGGGGACAUUGAUGGAAGCCACCAGCCUGGAGAUGUCACCAAGAGCCACCGCCUUGGGGACAUCAGCCAAGGCCACCACCUUGGGGACAUUGAUGGAAGCCACCACCUUGGGGACAUUGACGGAAGCUGCCACCUUGGGGACAUCAGGCAGGGACAUCAACCUGGGGACAUUGAUGGAAGCCACCACCUUGGAGAUGUCACCAAGAGCCACCACCUUGGGGACAUUGAUGGAAGCCACCACCUUGGGGACAUUGAUGGAAGCCACCACCUUGGGGACAUCUCUCAAAGCCACCACCAGCAGCAGCAGCAGCUUGGGGACAUCGCUCAGGGCCACCCUCAGGGUGUCACCGCCCCCAACGGCCUCGGGGACACCUUGGGGACACCUUGGGGACACCCCAAGCGCCCGGGGGAGGGGACGGGGCCGGGGAGCAAGAGGAGACGGCUGGAGCCGGACAUUGGGGACAAUGGGCUGAAGGAGGAGCCGGAGGAGCUGAUGAGCGACAGCUGCGGGUCCCCGCCCGGUGACGUCACCGCGGAGCCGCCCUGGGCCGCCUGCGCAGGUGGGGGAGGGGAAAUUGGGCGGGAAAUUUGA